UGAAUGCCAUGGGGCAUCUGUGUGACACUUUAUUUCUGUCAGUGAUGAAAUUGGCAUGGAAAUGACCUCUGAGGUUGGAGGUCUGCAUUCCAGAAACGUUGCUCAUCUUAGCACAGACCAGUGUUUGGAACCCACAUGUUCACAAAGCAGUAGUGACAAUGUUGCUUUGUUUUCUGAGCAGAGCACUGCAACUAGCAAGGCAUUCAUCCAGUCCACUGGGGAGACGACUCUGUUCAGCCAGCACAAAUAAACCAGUGUUGACUUUAUUCACUAAGAAACCGUGCCCCCUAUGUGAUGACGCAAAAGAAGUGCUUGAGCCAUAUAAGAGAAGGUUUAUUUUGCAGGAGGUGGAUAUUACCCUUCCAGAGAACUCGGCAUGGUAUGAUAAAUACAAAUAUGAUAUACCUGUUUUUCAUUUAAAUGGGAAGUUCCUAAUGAAACAUCGAGUAGACAUUCAGAAGUUUGAGGACCAGCUUAUGCAGCUGGAGUUGCAAAACGAUGGAAACCAGUAAAGAAAAUGCAGCUGCUCUUGUGUGGAUCUGAAAGGACUGCAACAUAAAUUGUGUGAAAAAGUAGGAUUCAAUAUCUGGCCUUACAUUUCUUAGAACGUAUGGUACCAGUGUCCUAAAAACUUGAGUGACUUGUGGUCUGUUUUGUAUUAAUCAUCCAACAAUAGAAACAUUUUCUGUACCAUUCAUUUAUUGCUAUCCUAGGCUGAAUUUUCAUUGAUAGAAUAAAUGCUGCUCUGUAAGAGCAGGUAAACU